AUGGAGACUAUCACUUCCAGUACAAGGCCAAUCAGUGAAGCAAGAGCGCGGUACAAGCUAUCGUGGCAUGUGAAUGAGCUCUUCCUGUCUUCGGACUGUGUCAUUGGGCAGUGUUCCGACUGCUCUGAUGUUGCCGCCAUUGUGGAUCUUUGCAAAAUCCACCCCAACCUUGCAACGGAAUUACUCGAAGUCGAGGAUACUGGUGAGAAGAUCACUCCAUUGGAAGCCUUUAUUCGUAUUAGAGUGCCGAUGUCAACCAUUCAGUUGUUCUGUGAGCUCUUUCCAAUGGCUCUCCAGACGAAGAAUGCUCAACGAAACCUCCCCCUUCAUGUGGCGUGCGAAGAGCUCCUUUAUCACCAAUAUGGUGUUCGCCUCAUUUGUCAUUUGGCAUCGAGAUUCCCCGAUGCUGUUCGGGCAUUUGGCAGCCACGGCAGCUUACCGUUGCAUAAGCUCUUGUCGAGGUACAGGCUGACGGCGAGUUCUGUUCCUGGCCAUGCUCCCAGCGAAGUGAUGCAGUUAGUUGAGUUGUUCCCCGAAAGUACUACCAUCAUUGGGCCUGAGCUUGGCGGCAUCGACCCACUGCAUUUCGUUCUCUCCAAUAGCUUCCAUCCGACAGUGGCAGAGUGCAUUCUCUCGAACGUACCCAAGGCGGUCACUCACUUUUCCUUUGGUGGAUCGCUUGCUGGGGGCGCAGAUUGUCAUGCAGUUCCCUAUGCCAAAGCCCUGGUCAAAUUUUUGCCUCAACUGGAGCAUCUUGUCUUCAAACCCAAGGGUGCGGACGCUGAUGGCGUACAUCAUGCUUCCGAAGCUUGGUCUAUCAUCAUGAGCAGCCUGGCCAGUUGUCGCAACCUAAAACAUUUGGAGCUACAGUUUCCAUCCAAACUGUUCACGAAAAUGAAUGUCAAAGCUUACGACACCUUUGCUGAGAUCCUUCCGCAGCUGUUCAGCGUACAGGUCAUGAUCCUGUCAAAUUCACCUGCAAAGUCAAGGGAUUCAGGGCAACUCCAUGAAGCUCUGGACAUUGGCAUACCCAUUACUCAAUUGAUUACAUCUUCGGGAACAAAUCUUACCGAUCUUGUUUUGAAGGAAGGUAUCAUUUCAAGCGCAGAACCCAUAUUGAGAGUUGCGAGAAAGCAAGUGUCGCGUCUGAAGCGACUGGAAAUUAUUUGCUCAUCUUGCUCGACGGAUCAAUGCGAUGUGACCGAGUCCUUGGCUGCUUUGAUCCAGAGCAACGGUUCGUUGCAGUCGCUUUAUUUGAAAAACGUGCAGUUCCAAAAGAGCCCGGUCUUUCAGGCUUUGAUGCAUAAUACCAAGCUCAAGUCAAUGUCCCUCCCCGGUCUCAUUGAUGCCGCGUCAGUGCCGCCUGCUGGUGGUGGUCUUUCAAGAGUGCUACAGCAUUACAAUACUACCUUGGAGCAUAUCGAGUGCUUGUCUUCUGGUGAUUUCUGUCCCAUUGACGCUGCUGCCAAGAAGAACGAAGAAUAUCAAAGGAUUCAGUUUUACCUGGCGCUGAACCGUCUAGGGCGGGGCCGCACGAGGACUGUGAGAUCUUCGUGCCAAGAUUUGCUGGCGAUCUUGGACAAGGUGAUCGCGGAUGAGAUUGGCUCUCCCGAUAAGAGAAUCGGGAAGGCAAGUAUUUUCUAUGGCAUCCUCCAAGACAUUCCCUCGCAGUGGGCAACCUGUCGUUCCUCCAAAACAGCUUGA